UUGUUUUUGUUUUAAAUUUUUAUUUGUUUUUGGGGGAGUACGGACAAGCAAUAAUGAACCUUCCCACGGUUUUCACUCUUCAGCAGAAGCUCCGCCGGGUGACUUUCCACCGAAGACACAGCGAUUCCUGAGAGUUGUUCAUUGUAAGACUUUCAUCGACAUGACUUUCCAAGGGAAAAAACUCAUCAACGACCCUAAUGAUGUGGUGAUCGAGUUCAUUGAGGGUCUUGUGGAAACUUAUCCUGGCUUGCAGUAUUUGGAUGGUUUUCCAGAGGUUAAGGUUGUGUUACGUGCCGAUGUUUCAAGUACAUAUGACAAAGUUGCAGUUAUAUCAGGUGGAGGAAGUGGUCAUGAGCCCGCUCAUGCUGGAUUUGUGGGGGAAGGGAUGCUGACAGCAGCUAUCUGUGGGGAUGUUUUUGCCUCUCCACCUGUUGGUUCAAUUCUAGCUGGCAUACGAGCUGUAACUGGUCCCAUGGGAUGCCUCCUUAUUGUCACGAAUUAUACUGGUGAUCGGUUAAAUUUUGGUUUGGCUGCUGAGCAAGCAAAGUCUGAAGGUUACAAAGUAGAGAUGGUGAUUGUUGGCGAUGAUUGUGCUUUACCACCACCUCGAGGCAUUGUUGGACGAAGAGGUUUGGCUGGGACUAUUCUUGUUAAUAAGGUUGUCGGAGCUGCUGCUGCUUCUGGCCUCUCACUUGCCGAUGUUGCUGCAGAAGCAAAACGUGCAUCUGAAAUUGUCGGAACAAUGGGUGUUGCACUAUCUGUUUGCACACUGCCUGGUGAGGUUACAUCAGACCGUUUGGGCCCUGGAAAGAUGGAGCUUGGUCUUGGAAUUCAUGGCGAACCAGGCGCUGCUGUGGCUGACAUUCAGUCUGUGGAUAAUGUGGUUUCUCAUGUUCUUAAGCAAAUACUGUCACCAGAAACUAACUAUGUUCCAAUUACACGAGGGAGUAGAGUGGUGCUCAUGAUUAAUGGGUUAGGUGCAACCCCUGUAAUGGAACUGAUGAUUGCUGCUGGAAAAGCAGUUCCUAGGUUGCAGCUGGAACAUGGGCUUGCUGUUGAUAGAGUGUAUACAGGAUCAUUUAUGACUUCUCUUGAUAUGGCAGGAUUUUCGAUAUCUAUCAUGAAGGCAGAUCAAGGAAUUUUGCAACGUUUGGAUGCUGCAACCAAGGCUCCAUAUUGGCCUGUUGGUGUUGAUGGUAAUCACCCGCCAGCCAAGAUUCCUGUUCCAAUUCCACCUCAUCAUUCAACAAAGAGUGAUGAGUCAUUGAGUAGCCCACAGCAGCUAAAUCAACAAGGCCGUAUUCUUGAGGCGGCUAUUGAAGCAGCAGCAAGUGCAGUCAUCAAUCUCAGGGACAGUUUAAAUGAAUGGGACAGCAAAGUAGGCGAUGGCGACUGUGGGUCAACCAUGUUUAAAGGUGCAACAGCUAUUCAUGAAGACAUGAAGAAGCAUUAUCCUCUGAAUGAUGCUGCAGAAACAGUGAACGAGAUUGCAUCUUCUAUCAGCAGAGUCAUGGGAGGAACAAGCGGAAUCAUUUAUGAUAUAUUCUGUAAGGCUGCAUAUGCAUGGUUGAAGGCAAAUAGCCACUCAGUUGUUACACCAUUGCAAUGGGCUGAUGCACUUGAAGCUGCCAUUGCUGCAGUCAGUAAAUAUGGAGGGGCUUCUGCAGGUUAUCGCACAUUGUUAGAUGCCCUCAUUCCAGCAUCGGCAGUUCUUAAAGAGCGUUUAAGUGCUGGGGAUGAUCCUGUCAAUGCUUUUGUUCUCUCAUCUGAAGCAGCAUUGGCUGGAGCUGAGUCCACUAAACACAUGCAGGCACAAGCUGGGCGUUCGGCAUAUGUCUCUGGAGAUAUUCUUGCGUCAGUUCCAGACCCGGGUGCCAUGGCUGCAGCUUCGUGGUAUAGAGCGGCAGCCUUAGCUGUGAAGGACAAGUACCAGUCUUCAUAAGCAUAUAUAUGGGCUCCAAACUACCAACCAAGUAAAAACAUGUUCAUAACAUAUACCUUUCUAACCAUUCUAGAGCUUUCCGCUUAUGCGCUAUGCACAAUGCUGAGAGAGUGAGGUUCAUCAAUACAUGUCGAAAUUUCAUUUUAGUGGAGUGCAACACAUCUAAAAAUCUAUGCGCUUUCUGUCGUCGUAAUUUUUGUUAUAAAUUUGAUUCUUGAGGACUUGUGUUGAAUCAUAUGCGGAUAAAAAUCAUGGUGAUACAAUAUAGUCGAGAGGAAUGUUUAUUUA